AUGGAAAUCUCCAUCACUACAUCAGAGUAUUUUCUUGUGGAACGGAAGGAAGAUAUGAAGAAUUACUCAUCCUCGGGUUCUGUGUAUGACCCUACGACUGGGAAUUUAGUGUUCGAGAUCACAGGUCUUCGCUACCACAGGCUUGAGACCCGUGAGAAUAUCCAUGCGGCUCACACAUACACGCGCCUUGGUUGGAAACCCGAUAUCACCUUCCUGGACGAGCCACGACUUCGACAACUCACCAUGGAAAACUCACGCACGAGCUUAGAUGAUGAGAUGAAUCCUUUAGAGACGCUAAGUACUUGGAAUCUACACAAUGCAACUUUGGAGCAGAAUCUGCCCCUCGAUUUCUUUACAAUGCUUGCCAGUAUCUCCGGGAUCGUCGGGCAAAAAGGCCAAGCAAACUAUGCUGCAGGCAACGUCUUCCUUGAUUCAUUUGCUGUCUACAGGCACUCAUUAGGUCUACCUGCCUGCUCUGUUGAUCUCGGUGUCAUUGAAGAUGUUGGGUACAUCCACAAUCAUGACGGCCUCCAGCAAAACCUCGACACGAGCAUCUGGACCGGAAUCAAUGAGAGUCUGCUUCGCAAGAUCCUUCGCCUGUCGAUAUUCCAGCAGCUUUUGCCCAUCAAAAAAGCCAAUUCCACCCAACUCAUCACCAGCAUUCCCAUCCCCCAGCCUGAAGAGCCGCAACUCCUCCGAGAUGCCCGCAUCGGUGGCCUCUUCAUAGGCGACGGCUUGCGCAGCUCCGGCAUAGACAGCAAGGACGGCUCCAAGGAUGUUCAAGCUCUUUUGCUGGUUGUUCGGGUCUAA